AUGCGCGUGCGCUCGCCCCGCCCGGCCGCUGUUCCGCCUCGAGGCUUGACUCGUCCGCCUCUGAUCCCCGCCGUCGUCGUCGGCAUCGGCGAGGGUACGCAGGCCCUCCUAGGGCGACGGGCGGCUGCUUGUGACCCGGAUCUCGGUGGCCGGGCCCGGGCAAAGGUGGCGGCGGGCUCAUUACCCCAGCCUGCGUACGUACCAGACACCCAUACACCACCCAAGGACCUCACCAGCUUCUGGUCGAUCACCCAUUUCCUGGCGCUUGGCGCGAUCCCCGAUCCCGCCCUCGACUGGGUACCCAAGGUACUUAGUAGCCAAGUGGUGUCGGCCGACUAG